GGAGUCGAGAAACUUCACCCAUGUAAAUAACGCCGACAAGUAAGCUGUGUGACAAUCUGUAGGUGGCAAUACACAGUACAUACAUAUAUAUAUAUAUAUAUAUGUAUAUGUAUACAUUAGCCAGCUUUUUUUGAAGUAUGCCGCGAAAAAAGCCAUUUAGCAACAAACAGAAGAAGAAGCAGCUACAAGUCAAACGGGAGCGAAAAAGAGGUGACACAGGUUCUGGGCCUAGCAGCCGCAAUGCCAGUGUGGAGCGAGGAGGAGAGCGACAGUCAGAUACCUCCGACAGUGAGACCACUGAUAUUAGGAGAAUAAACCAGCAGCCGUUGAGCAGUGAAGGUAGAUAUGACCCCAACAGGUUCCGACUGCACUUUGAGAAAGAGAGUAAAGAGGAGGUUGAAAAGAGGAAGAAGUUGUCCAGGGAGAAGGUGUUGCAACCAGUCUCAGACAAAGAACUCGAAGUCGACAUUAAUGACAUCUAUCCGUCAGAGAAAGGUCUUGGUUUCCCACGACGGCCGUCCUGGAAUUAUGAAAUGACACGAGAGAACCUGCUAAAGAAAGAGGAGAAGUCAUACAGAGAAUACCUGGAUGAUCUGCACUCCAGAAACCCACUGGGCUCCCUCAGCCACUUUGAGCACAAUCUUGAGACAUGGAGGCAGUUAUGGAGAGUGUUGGAGAUGUCCGAUGUCAUUCUUCUCAUCGUGGACAUCAGGCACCCGGUGCUGCAGUUUCCUCCAGCCCUGUACCACUACAUCACAGGAGAUCUGCAGAAGCAGGUGGUCCUGGUGUUGAACAAAGCUGACCUGUGUCCUCCCCCACUCGUGAUUGCCUGGAAACACUACAUGACCUCUCAGUUCCCCCACCUGCAAAUAGUCUGCUUCACCUCCCACCCUGGACAGCCCUACAGCACAGUGCUCCAGAAGAAGAGGAUGAGGAAGAAGGCUGACUGGAGUCAUGCGGGGGGUCCUCUAGAUAUCCUGAAGGCCUGUCAAGAUAUCGCAGCAGGAAGAGUUGACCUGUCCAGCUGGGAGCACAAGAUUCAGAGAGAUGCUGAUUCAGAGAGACUCAAUGGGGAGCGUGCAGAUGAAGGAGCGGAGUCGGUGCUGAUGGAGCAUCAAAGUGACAGUGCAAUGGAGAUGAGCAGCCCAUCUCAGGAGCUCUACAAAGAUGGGGUUCUCACAAUGGGCUGUAUAGGCUUUCCGAAUGUUGGUAAGUCAUCUGUUAUAAACAGCCUGGUGGGGAGGAAGGUGGUGAGCGUGUCUCGAACCCCAGGCCACACCAAAUACUUCCAGACCUACUACCUCACCCCGACAGUCAAACUCUGUGACUGCCCUGGACUGGUCUUUCCCUCGCGUGUCAACAAACAGUUACAGAUUCUGGCAGGCAUCUACCCAGUGUCUCAGCUGCAGGAGCCCUACAGCUCAGUUGGUUAUCUGUGCGAGAGAACCCCUUUCCUCUCUGCGCUGAAGCUCAAACAUCCCAGCUUGCUAGAGAAUGAACCCCAUCAGAGAAACCAGGGAUCUGAAGAGUUUAGCUGGACUGCCUGGGAUGUGUGUGAGGCUUGGGCAGAAAGGAGAGGAUAUAAGACAGCAAAAGCAGCUCGCAACGAUGUUUAUCGUGCAGCUAAUAGUCUCCUGCGGUUGGCAAUUGAUGGCAGAUUGUGCCUUUGCCUCAGACCACCUGGCUACAGCUGCUUGAGAGAGCAUUGGGAAAAUCACCCAGACUUGCCGGAGAUUAUGGCUCUACAAGGAAGGAUGACGGAGGAUGAAGGGACUGGAGAGAGGGACGAUGAGGAGGACGGGGAGUCCAGCACCGAGCCAGAGGAAGAGAGAGACCGGGAUGCAGAUGUUGAUGAGGAUGGAGAUGGGGAUGAUGAAGAUGAGGGAUUUGGACAUCCAAGACAGAAGGACGAUAAGUCAUCUGGCUUCACAGUUAACAUGUACAGUGUACUUCGGGAAAAUGAGUGUGAGUGAUAAUGGAGGGAAAGACGAGCAGGAAGAAAUAAGUUGUUUCUCUUCCCUGACUUUUCCCUCGUUUACCCCAGUGCACUUUUCAUUCCUUUUUUUUCUUCUUUCCAAAACCUGCAUUCCUUCUCAUUUUGUCUUGCAUAUCCACUCCUCAUGUCACUACCUUUUCUCUUCAUUAACAUGAUCUAUUCUAAUUCAUUCGCUCUGUCUCCAUCUCCCUAUAAUAUACAGAGCAUAUUCAUGUAUUCCAUGUUGUGCCUCUGCUCUGCUUCUUCAUCCAUGAAGCUUGUUCUUUAAUGUUGCUUCUAAGAAUGGGUUUGGUUUGGUUUGAAUAAUCUUUCUUUUUUGGAUGUAGGUCUCAAAGACAAAUGAACAAGUAACUUCCCUGAGCCUGGAAUAAUCAACCAACUGGUUUUCAAUCUCUUUAUUGAUAAGUGACCUCACAGCUGAGAUGCCAAAGUUCAGGAAAGGAUUAAAAAAAAAAAAAAAAAAAAAAAAAAAAA